AGGGAGGGGCUUAUAAAGUAUCAACUUCAAUGUUUUAGUUUUUGAGGCGUGCACCGAAGCAAACCCUCACUAAACCCUUAGGUUACUUUCAUACAACCACUGUUUAUAAGCUCAUCCGCACUUUUAGCCUACACACGGAGAUCUGACGUUCUUCGUUGGAAUUAGACUGUUGAUUCAACGUUGUUGGAGAGCUGGGUUUCAAUUCCUUGCAUUUUCUCCCGCAAGGUUGUGUUUGAACCUUUACUGUUCCCGAACCCACAAGUCUUGGAGCCAGAACGUAGGAGGGAAAGGACGAGUAAAAGGGCUAUCUGAAACAUGCUCUCCUUGUUGUGCCUCAUGCUGUUUGUUCCACGUGUGUUCUCCUCAUCGACACUGGCUGGAAUCUUCCCCCAGGACCCGGCGUUGCGGAUGGGCUCCAGCCUGACGGCCACGUGCACAGUGAGCCCCGAGCGGGGGCUGCAUGCCAACACUAUGUACUGGACCAUGAACGGGAAGAGACUCCCUAGUAGCACGUACGACCUGCUGAGCCCCAACUGCCUCAGUGUCACUCUGCACCACCUCAAUGGCUCCCAGCAACAGUCUGGGGACAACCUGGUGUGUCACAGCGGAGAUGGACAUGUCCUGGCUGGCUCCUGUCUCUACGUGGGCAUGCCCCCGGAGAAGCCGGUCAACCUAACCUGCUGGUCCCGAAACACAAAGGACCUGAGCUGCAAGUGGACCCCUGGGGGUCGGGGCGAAACCUUCAUCAAAACCAAAUACACCCUCAAGUACAAAUUGAGGUGGUACGGGCGAGAGAGGGAAUGUGAGGACUACAGCACGGGGCAACGCUACACGUGUUAUAUCCCCCGGGACUUGGCCCUCUUUACUCCCUACGAGAUCUGGGUGGAGGCGUCCAAUCAGCUGGGGACUGCCACCUCUGAUGUCAUCACUCUGGAUAUCCUGGAUGUGGUGACCACAGACCCUCCAGACAAUGUCCAUGUGAGUCGUGUGGGGGAGCUUGAGGACCAGCUGACAGUGCAUUGGGGCAGCCCCCCGGCACUCAAAGACUUCCUCUUCCAGGCCAAAUACCAGAUACGCUACCGACUGGAGGACAGCACUGAAUGGAAGGUGGUGGACGAUGUAGGUAACCAGACAUCGUGCCGGCUAGCGGGGCUUAGGGCAGGGACGGUGUACUUUGUCCAGGUGAGGUGCAACCCAGUGGGGAUCUACGGCUCCAGGAAGGCUGGGAUUUGGAGUGACUGGAGCCACCCUUCAGCUGCCUCCACACCCCACAGUGAACGGCUGCAGAGUGGGUCAUGUGAGCCCAAGCCAGGCGAACAGAACUCCACCCUGCGACGGGAGCUCAAGCAGUUCUUUGGCUGGGUUCGCAAACACGCCUAUGGCUGCAGCGGCAUGUCAAUCAAACUCUACGACCAGUGGCGGGUGUGGCUGCAGAAAUCGCAUAAAACACGCAACCAGGUAGGUAAGAAUAAUAUCCCCUUUAUUUAUAUUACAACUCAGUCAUGGUACAUAACUGUGAAGCCUAUGCUAUGUACCACUGGGCUACUGUAGCUCCUUAUCACAACAACACCCUCUGUUGUCAAAGUGUUGAACUCUGAAUACACCCUGAUUUUCUGACCCUCUUUGUCCUGAAUUUAACUUUUGCGAUGUGUUCAGUGUUGUGGAAGCACACAGAACCAUCAUUGCCCUAGAACUUGUUAGACUUUCUGAUGUCUUUGUCCGUUUUAUGCUCAGGUAUGUGUGCGGUUUCCACUUUAUCGGCACAGAGUACAGCUUAAUGUUGAUAUCCACUCAGUUUUCUGAGUCUUGCAAUGUCAUUUUAUUAUUUUAAUGGCACAGAUUUGAUUUUCAGUCGAUUACCACAACAAAGAAAAAUGAGCAUGUUAAUAUAAUUAACAACCACUUUAAUGUGUUGCUUUUGUGUUCUCUCUGUGACGUGAGGAGCUUGUUUCACAACAUUACUCACCCCAAAUGGCAGCCAGGAGGACUGAGCUCACCGCUAAGCCACAUCCUCUGUACGCCCCCUGAACCUAAUCGUUGGUUGUUAUGCUACUGAGGACAAGAGAACUGCCUGACACGUUUAGCUCACCUAUUAGUGUGGCGUAUCCUGAAUAGUGUCUGUGUUUAACUGCUCUGAGAAAAAAGGGCAGUUCAACUGGAUGUUACCAAUACAAUAUUCAACUUACAGCUCAGACACCCAUACAUACCCCACAAGACAUGCCACCAGGGGUCUCUUCACAGUCCAAGUCCAAAGAAAAUUCACAGCAACUCUCAGUAUUAUACAUGAUCGCAUGGAACUCCCUUCUCCAGUUUCUAAAGUAAACAGCAAAAUGACCUUAGACAAAACAGAUUAAAACCUCUACGGGAUCGUUGUCCCCUCCGCGGGACGGUUGAGCUAACGUAGGCUAAUGUGAUAAGCAUGAGGUUGUAAGUAACAACAACACAAAAUUCUCAUGACAGACAUCUGAUAUGGCAGAAAGCUUCAAUUCUUGUUAGUCUAACUGCACUGUCCAAUUUACAGUAGCUAUUACAGUGAAAUAAUACCAUGCUAUUGUUUGAGUGCACACUUAUGAACUUGAAAAUGUAUUAAUAAACCAAUUAGGCACAUUUGGGCAGUCUUGAAACAAAAUGUUUAACAUAUAUGCAAUGGUUCAUUGGAUUAGUCUGAAACUUUGCACAUGCACUGCUGCCAUCUAGUGGCCAAAAUCUAAAUAGCACCUGGGCUGAAAUAAUAUUACGUAAUUUCUUGCAUUUCAAAGACGAAAAAACAACAACUUUGAAAACACAUGUUUUUUUUCUUUGUAUUAUCUUUUACCAGAACUAAUGUGUUGUGUUCUCCUACAUUCAUUUCCCAUUUCCCCAAACUUCAAAGUGCUUCCCUUCAAAUCGUAUCAAGAAUAUGCAUAUCCUUGCUUCAGGUCCUGAGCUACAAGCAGUUAGAUUUGGGUAUGUCAUUUUAGGCGAAAAUUGAAAAAAAAGGGUCAGAUCCUUCAAGAGGUUUUAAACACCUUAAAGGCACAAUGGUGACUGUGAAAUGACACACACACACACACAAAUAGGCACACUAACACACAAUCUACACACAGUAUUUAGUUGUAUAUCGUUGUAUUUCACAUUUGUGUGACUGUCUAUCAGUGUAGCAGUGUUUUGUUACUUGUCAUGUUUUAUAUUUUUUCGUGGACUCCAGGAAGAAUAGUUGCUGCUUCGGCAAAAGCUAAUGGGGAUCCAAAUAAACCAAAAACCAAUACGCAAUUAGUGUCAGUAUGAUAAGGAAUAGGAAUUACCGUUCAAUUGAAUUACCCCAAUAUUAAACAUUUGUUUUCCCUUUCAGAUUCUAUAAGGCGAUAAAUCAUAACACAUCCUAAAACAUCAUUGAAAUAUUUAAGCAACAUUCACAACAGCAACUGAGAAACUGUCAGAAGGCCACUUUGAGGCCUCUCGGUGAAAGCGAUCCAACACUGGAUAUUCCAGCAUUUGGUCACACACAACAACUCUUCUUUGUAGGAAUCCAUGUGGAACAGAAAAAGAACUGAUGCAAGACGCCAGCGUGUUACAUUGCUGUCUGCAGCCCUGGAUUAAAAUAGAGUGGAAUCCCAUCUCUAAGAACUUCUCUCCAUCCCCUCCUCUCCACACAAACACACUCUUACACUCACAUCUCCUGGGAGUGCCAAAGUGGAGAGCCUUUUUCUGAGCACAUUUCAGACCAUCGCUGAGUGGGAGCAUGGAAAAGUUUCUUAAUGCAGCAUUAGUAUGUGCUCGACUCAGAUGGCCAUAAAUCAUCUUACAGACUACCGUCAGAUCAGACACAUAGUGGCCACCAUCACAGGCUUUUACCACAGACACAAGGGCAUUAUGCAAUCUUGCUGGAAUGUCAUAUAAAAUAUAAAGAACUUCACUAAUUCAGCUCCUGUUCUGGAAACUCAAUAACAGAACAUGUCAGAAUUCAAUAAGAUGAAGUUAUUUUCAUAAUGUAUUUCCAUUCUAACAACUUUAAUAGCCACACAGUUGUCUAAGCCACACUAUAUAUAAACAAAAGUAUGUGGACACCCCUUCAAAUGAGUGGAUUUGGAUAUUUCAGCCACACAGGUAUAAAAUGGAGCACACCGCCAUGCAAUCUCCAUAGACAAACUUUGUCAGUAGAAUUGCCUUAGUGAAGAGCUGUGACUUUCAAAGUGGCACCUUUCAUUUGGUCAAAUUUCUGCCCUGCUAGAGCUUCCCUGGUCAAUUGUAAGUGCUGUUAUUGUGACGUGGAAACAUCUAGGAGCAACAACAUCUCAGGUGCAAAGUGGUAGGACACAAGCUCACAGAACAGGACCACCGAGUGCUGAAGUGGGUAGCACGUAAAAAAAUUGUCUGUCCACUACAGAGUUCCAAACUACAUCGGGAAGCAACGUCAGCACAAGAUCUGGCCGCUGGGAGCAUCAUGAAAUGGGUUUCCAUGGCCGAGCAGCCGCACACAAGCCUGAGAUCACCAUGCGCAAUGCCAAGUGUCGGCUGGAGUGGUGGAAAGCUCACCGCCAUUAGACUCUGGAGCAGUGGAAACGCAUCCUCUGGAGUGAUGUAUCACGUGUCACCAUCUGGCAGUCCGACUGGGUUUGGGUUCGGCGGAUGCCAGGAAAACGCUACCUGCUCCAAUGCAUAGUGCCAAUUGUAAAGUUAGGUGGAGGAGGAAUAAUGGUCUGGGGCUGUUUUUCAUGGUUCAGGCCCUUUAGUUUCAGUGAAGGGAAAUCUUAGCACUAACUUUGUGGUAACAGUUUGGGGAAGGCCCUUUCCUGUUCAGCAUGACAAUUCCUUUGUGCACAAAACAAGGUCCAUACAGGAAUGGUUUGUCGAGAUCGGUGUGGAACGCUGACUGCGAGCCUGGCCUAAUUGCCCAACAUCAGUGCCCAACCUCACUAAUGCUCGCAGCUGAAUUGAACCAAGUCCCCGCAGCAAUGUUCCAACAUCUAGUGGAAAGCCUUCCCAGAAGAGUUGAGGCUGUUAUAGCAGAAGAGGGGGAGGACCAACUCCAUAUUAAUUUACAUGAUUUUAGAAUGAAAUAUUUGACAAGCAGGUGUCCACAUACUUUUGGUCAUGUAGUGUAUGCAUUAAUGAAUAGAAUUGCAUAGGUCUUUUAAUGACAAAAAGUUGGUUGGUAUGCUCAUACACCAUUUUGUAGAUUGGCUGGUGUAUACAGUCAUAGCAAUUGAACUUCAGAUAGUUCUGCCUUUUGUUGGUCAUAUGAAAGUGUUCUGGUUCUUUGGGUUUGUACUACUCUGAAUUCCUUUUGUUGAAAUAAGUGGCAUAAAUGUUUAACUGUAUAUACUGUGUCUGAGUGACUGUGCAGAUGAGGACAUUUUUAUAUUGCUUAUAUUUUUGUAUAUGAAUAUUUAAGAAAUUCUCAUUAAUAAUUUCCCUCAUUAAGUUAUGUUCAGUUAUCAAUGAUAAAUAUAACUGUCAAAUAUUUUGUCCGUUUGUCUAUAAAACAAUAAAGGAAUAACAUUUGCCU